CAGAUCACAAGCAGAGUGGAAGAAGCCAAAAGAUCUGUCAGAGGAUGUCGUCAGAGCGUCGCAGCCGGCGCGAGGAGGAGGAGGACGAGGGCGAGCGGCGCAGCAAGCGCGAGCGCCACGACGACUACGACGAUGACCGUGACCGUGACCGUGACCGUGACCGUGACCGCGACAGAGACAGGGAUAGGGACAGCAGGGACAGGGACAGCAAGGAGAGGGCCGGCAGGGAGGAACGCAAGCGGAGGAAGCGCACCGGAUGGGACGAGCCACCCACCACCACUGGAGGGGAGGGUGGUGCGGCUCCUGCCACAGCCGCGCUGGCCAACCCCGCGGCGUUGCUGGGCUUGGCCGCCAGUGGAGGGGCGGGAGCUCCCGCACCGCCGCUUGGAGGCGGGUAGGACGGGGAGGGAACGACACACGCAUGGCAUGGCGUGGCGACACACUUGUGUGUGUGAUGGGUACGGUAUGUCUGGUUCGUUUGUGUGUUUUGUGUGUGUGUUCAGUGGUCUGGGUGCGGUAGCGAGUCCGUCGCCGGCCAGUCUGCAGGAGAGCCUGCUGCUGGCCCAGACCAAGGCUCAGAUGUCGCGGAUGUGCCGCAUCUAUGUGGGCAACCUCGACUACACACUCACGGAAAUGGUGAGUGAGCUGCACACGCACCCAACACCCACCCCUGCAGAGCGAACGGCAUCUCAUCCCUGGUGUUGUGAUGUGUUGUGUUGUGCUGUGCUGUGCUGUGUGUGCAGGAUAUCAAGCAGGUGUUCAUGGCGUUCGGCGGCAUCACCUCCAUUGACAUGCCCAAGGAGGGCGGCCGCUCCAAGGGAUUCUGCUUCAUCGAGUUCCAGAAACCUGAGAUGGCCGAGCAGGCACUGGCUGCCAUGCAGGGCUUCCAGAUCAAGGGGCGCACCGUGCGGCUCGGCAGACCCUCACCCCAGGCAGGCGACGCCACCGCACCCACGGCGGCAUCGCUCAGCGGAGGGUUGGGAGCCAACGCAGCACAAGCUGGCGCGCUGGCGGCGGCGAGCCUGCUGGGCGGCACAGGGAUGGGUGGGGCGGCCUUGCCGUCAGCACAGGCCGGUGUGGCGCAGGCCGCCCUGGCCGCGCAGGCCCUGGCGGCAGGGGGUGGUGCGGUGAGUCCGUCUCAGGCGGCCGAUCUGGCGAUGAAGCGCAUCUACGUGGGGUUCAUUCCGUACCAGUUCAACGCUGACGACGUCAAGCAGAUCUUCCAGGUGUUCGGGCAGAUCGUGGCCUGCGAGCUGAUCCCGUCGCUGGACAAGAAGGAGCAGCACCGCGGCUACGGCUUCAUCGAGUUCGCCACACAGGAGCAGGCCGAGCUCGCCAUCAAGACCAUGAACGGCUUCGAAGUCGCCGGCAAGACUCUCAAGGUCAACUGGGCCACCGCACAGGCCAAGCCCACCGGCACCAUCCCGGCGGCAAACCCGCUGCUCGCGAACCUCGCCAUCCCAGGACCGCUCGGCAACGGCGCCGCGCCAGCACUCGGCGACGCUGCAGCUGCUGUCGCUGGUGCCGUCAACGGCCUAGCGGGCUCGGCGGGUGCGGCGGGUGUGUUGGCGGCAGCCCCAGGCUCUGCGGCGGGCCUACCCGCCCCACCGCCAGCAGCAGCGGUGGCCAACCAGCCGUCGCCGACCCCCGCCCCCCUCGCCCCCGCCGCCAGUUUGCCCGAGGGCACGCUGAUAGCGAUGACGGACAUGGUGGCGCCGGACGAGGUGGACGACGACCUGGAGGACGAGAUCCGCCAGGAGUGCGGCAACUACGGCACCGUCAUGACGGUCAAGACGCACGUCAACCGCGACAGCGACAAGGUGGUGAUUUUUGUGGCCUUCGCGCAGCCCGACGAGGCCAAGAAGGCGGUGCCCGAGCUGAACGGCCGGUGGUUCGGGGGCAAGCAGAUCCACUGCGCCAUCUACGACGUGGCCGCCUUCGCAAGGGGCAGCUACGAAAACCCUUUCUGACUCAGGGGAUGGGCGCGCACACAUCCACA